GUCCUGCACCAGCUGCCGUCACCAGCUGCCGCGACGGCUCGCUCCUUCCUCUCUGUGUCUCAUCUCGGUCUCUUCUGCUGGGCCGAGGUGAUUGUUGCGAUCGCAGAGGACGCAGUUCUCCCCUCUUUUCAUCUCCCUCCAUCUCGAUGAGCUCGAUAGGCGUCAGCGAUGCCGCUUCUUUGCAACGCGAGCAUGACGACCAACAUCUGGACGAGAGCCAGACAGAGGAGGGCACCGGCGACAUUUCCGCACCACACCUAGACCACAUCAAUGGCGAGCCAGACAGAGCGCAGGAGCAAGACGAGAGCGUCGUGGGCUCCCACAUUGCAGAAGAGAGCGAGGACGACGGCGAUUUGGGCCUGAGCCAGGAGCAUGAGGCGCCCCCGUCGCCGCUGCGAGACGCAGCUGAGGAGGUCACGACCAGUGAGACCCAAGCACGAGCUGAGCCAAAGACGAAGCGUGGGCACAAUCGCAUCGACUCAGUGCCCCCCAAAAAGUACAACCUGGACUCCCCUCCGCCCAGCGCCGUGUCGAGGUCCACCUUUGUGGGCAAUUCAUUGCAUGAGGAAGAUGCCGAGGGCGAGAGCUACGAGGACGAGGAUGCCGAAGCUCCGUCGCCGAGAGAAAGAAGCGAAAUCGAAGAUGCCGGGCUCGACUUUGUCGACAUUCGCCUCGACAUUGAAGGCGCAGACCAGGGGCACUCGCCGUAUGGUGCUGGCGCGGCCAUGGCGUCCAAGAGCGCUGUCGAGAUUCGCCAGGACUCAAUCUCUUCCGGAAGCAGGGCAGCGAAGGAUGUGGCGCGAGCUGCCGAGGAGAGAAGAAGAACAGAGGAUCUGCUCUCCAAUGGCUCCCGCGACCGAGCGGGGCCGUCCAGCGCCCGCAGCAUCUCGCCUGCGAGGGUAUCCGUCGAGGGAAGAUACAGAGGGAGAAGAAGCGCGUCCAACUCGCGUGCAGCCAGCCCCGAGCCGUCUUCAAGGACGCAGGCCCUGGGCAGACCGCAAAUAGUCUCCACCUCAUCGCCUCAUCAAGGCCCUCCUGGCAUCACUAUGAUGCUUGCCGAUGAGAAUGGCGAACUACAAGUCGUGGACAGCCCGCUCUCGCCGUCUUCGAAGACGACCUACUCUGAGGUCAGCCUGGGGGGUCCGGAGGAGCAAGGGGAAAGGGCGACCUCCUCAGAGUCAGCACAAGAAAGAGCCUUAGAAGCUCCCGCACCCACGCCAAAGCCAGAUCAGGAGUAUACCAAGGCAGAACCGAGCCCGAAGGCGACAGAAGAGGAACCAAAAUCUUCCGGUCAGCAAGAUGGAAAGGAUGAAGCGCAAGAGAUUCCCAACGGCAAGGUAGCGGGGCUCAAGGACAUCGCCGAUGAGGAUGUGAAUAAGGCAAGGCGGCGGUCGAAGCCCUCGGCCUUGGAGCAACACGUCUCGAGGACACGAAUGACCACUCUACCGCCCAAACCAAAAGAAGAGGACGUGAGGCAUCUCUCGGACUUUGAGGCGAUGAUGAAGUCCUACCGCGAGGCCGAAAAGAAACGGGCGCAGGAGGACGAGGAACGAAGGAGAAAAAAGGACGAGGUGCUGUCCGAGGCGAUGCAUGUCUGGGAGAAGGAGAUAUUGCCGAGCUGGACGAGGGCAAGAAGAGAGCAUCGUCUCCGCCAGGUCUGGUGGCGAGGAGCGCCUCCGAACCUGCGAGGUCGCGUGUGGGCUCUAGCGUGCGGUAAUGCGCAGAUGUUGCCUCGAAAUCUCUUUGUACAGGCUGGCAAUGCCGCCCGCAAGGCACAGCAGGAUGGCUUUUUUCCAAAAGCCGACAUGAUGGCUCUCGAGGCCGACAUCGACGCAACGCUUCCCAGCUUGAAGCUGUUUCAGCGCGAAGGGCCAUUGUACCAAGACCUCAAGGACGUCCUCUGCGCCUUUGUCAUGGUUCGCCUAGACUCGAUUGGUGGCGUAGAAGCAGCUGCUCGCCAAAGUGACGAUGACGGCCAAGUCAAAGUGUACCAACGUGGGUCGGCCUCUCUGGUGGCCAUGCUGCUGACCAAUCUCGCGCCAAACGAGACGCUCAUCGCCCUCAUCAACCUCAUUGCCGAUCGACCCUGGCUCAAGGCCUUGUAUGCGCUCCCCCCCUCUACAGAUCUAGAUCCACUUGCUGCGGGUCCCUCUCACAAUCAGCCACAUAUACACACAUCCACUCCGCGGACGCCUACGAAGCGACACGAUGCUGCCUCGGGUUUCGAGCGGGUGUUUGACACGCUUCUGGCCGAUCAGAUGCCCAAAGUGUACGCCAACAUGCAAGCGAACGGUGUUCGACCCUCAGCCUAUGUUCGCGAUUGGGUCAGGACCCUGUUCGUACCCUUUCUAUCGCUCGAGGCUGUCGCGCGGCUCUGGGACUGCAUCUUGUUGGAAGAGUCGGGCGAGAAUGGCCUCAUCUUCAGAACUGGCAUCGCAAUCGUCUCGUUGCUGUCGGCCAGACUCUACGUGCCGGACAAGAAGGAGCUCAUCACAAUCCUGCGAGGAAACAAUCGCGCGGCGCUGAGCGUGUGGCACCGGUCACGCGCUCUGAUGAGCGGGGUCAGUAUCGUAGAGGCGCCGCCGUCCUCGCCAGAGACGCCGAGGUCAAUCGAGGCCGAGGCGGACAUGGUACCAAAGGACGACGUCUACGGUGGGCAAUACGGUAUCACGGAGCACAACCUCUUUCAGGCCCUCGAGGAGCAGCAAAGCUGGUGGAAGGACUCGAUGCUGGAGAGGCUUCUCGAUCGAGAGCUCGUCAAUGUCUAAAUUUGUCAUUCAAUGGAAUGUCUGUACUGUAUGGUGCACAGAAAUUGCU